UGUUUUUUUAUUUAUUUAUUAUCGUAGAAAACUCUGUCUCUUCGACGUGUGCACUUCUUCAUUUUUCCAGCGAUGCAAUCCACUGUGUCUCUGCAACCACAAGGCGACGCCCGACAGCUCUUCCUUCCACUUCUCGAUUCAUCGCCUGAAACUACCGCCGCCGCCGCCGUUGUUGACGGCGGAAGAGGAGGAGGAGGAGGAGGAGGAGGUUCAUUUCCUAAGCUGGUCGAAUCGUCCCCGUCGCCCCCGAACGGCGUUGCUGAAAGAGAGAGCCGUCAUAUCAAUAAAUAUGUGCUCGCCGGUGCCGUUUUGGCUUCCACCAAUUCCAUUCUCCUCGGCUAUGAUAUAGGAGUGAUGAGUGGAGCCAUUUUGUUUUUGAGACUCUCAGGAAAUGCCUGA